AUGGCAAUUGCUCGAACUGGAGUUUACGUUGAUGAUUACCUUGAGUAUGCCAGCACUUUCCCUGCGGAGCUUCAAAGAUUGCUAAAUACAGUUCGCGAACUAGACGAGAGAUCUCAAUCGCUCAUAAACCAGACGAGGCAGCAAACUAAGUAUUGCUUAGGGCUUGCCUCACAGAGUUCCAAGAAGGGAAGUGGCUACAAUCAUUACAACAAUGGUCUUGAUGAAGACGAAACGAUUGAGAAAAUGCGUAAAGAGAUUGAGUCUAGUCAGGAAAAUGCAUUAAGUUUGUGUACAGAGAAGGUCUUAUUGGCCCGACAAGCGUAUGAUCUUAUAGACAGUCAUAUUAAACGACUUGAUGAGGAUCUGAAUAAUUUUGCUGAAGAUUUAAAGCAAGAGGGAAAAAUUCCACCAGACGAGCCGUCUGUUCUUCCUCCACUACCUAUAGUUCCUAAACAGGAAAAGCGCAAGUCCUUCUAUGGCACACCUCAGUCUAAAAAGAUUGAUUACAGAGACAGAGAGUGGGAUCGUGACAGGGAUUUUGAGCUCAUGCCUCCGCCAGGAAGCCAUCGAAAAGACUUCGCCCCUAUUGACGAACAGCCAAUCGAUCCAAACGAACCAACUUACUGUGUCUGCCAUCAGGUGUCCUUUGGAGACAUGAUUGCCUGUGACAAUGAGAAGAAUUGUCAAGGAGGUGAAUGGUUUCACUACACAUGCGUUGGCCUCACACCUGAGACCAGAUUCAAAGGGAAAUGGUAUUGCCCCACUUGCAGGCUUCUCCCACAGUCACAUUAA